CACAAAGCAAAAGAUUUAGAAAUGAGAAUUUCUAAAGUUGUUCAUUACAUUCAUAUUCUUAUUCAAUUUCAUUUUAUUUCCAUCGUAAUAAGCCAGCAAAAUUUCACUGCACAUUAUUGUAUAGACACCUAUGGUAACUACACAAGUACUAGCAUAUAUGAGGCCAAUCUCAACACCUUAUUCUCUUCAAUAUCAUCCAACACUCAAAUCAACUCCCGCUUCUAUAACUUCUCAAUCGGCGAGGAACCUGACCAAGUUAAUGGGAUUGCGCUAUGUGGAGGUGAUUUAGCGUUCCAAGAUUGUUAUAAAUGUGUCAAUGACUCAAUUACUAUGCUUCCACGGCUCUGCCCAACACAAAAGGAAGCUAUCGGGUGGUACGACAAUUGUACGCUACGUUAUGCAAGUCGGACAAUAUUAGGAAGCCAAGAAGAACAACCUUCAUUAAUGUUAAUGAGUACAAAAAAGGUGACUAAUAACGUUAACCAGUUUAAUCAAGUGCUAGGAACAUUAUUAAGUAGGCUUCGAAAUGAUGCUUCUAAAGGUGAUUCUCAACUUAAGUUUGCAAUUGGAAAUGAUAGUUACGGCAGCUUUGGGAGCAUAUAUGCGUUUGCUCAAUGUUCUCCAGAUUUGUCGCAACGAGACUGCUUUAAUUGUAUUGGAGAUUAUAUUCGUGGAAUGAUACCUAGUGGCUCAACUAAUAACACGGGAGCGCAGAUUCUUGGACCGAGUUGCAAGUUAAGAUACGAGGAUUAUUUGUUUUACAACGACGUACCUAGUCCAUCAUCUCCUCCAACAGCAGCGCCUUCUCCUCCAACAACAGUGCAUUCUCCUCCAUCAGGUAAGGCCAGAUCUAUAUGCACACGAUAGGCCACAUGUUCAAAUUUUUUUCACCAAGCAUUUUGAUAGUUUUAAAAAUCGAUGGCAUUAUUUUACAAGUUACGACACAUAUAUCUCUAUUUUAUAAGUCAAGAGGAUUCAUUAAAUGAGGCAUUCUUCAAUUUGGAAUAGAGGGAGUAUUGGAUUGAGUAAACAUGUAAAACAACACUUCACCAAAAAAAAAAAAUAAUAAAACAUGUAAAACAACAUAAUUACAAUAUUGCUGUAAAAUGAUACUAUUAGGUAUAAAAAAAUUUAAUAUAACACAUAUUGUUGAUUGUUAAAGAUAAACUAAAGAAAAAAAAAAAGCAAAACUAAAAGUUGAAUAUAUAAUUUGCUGCUUAAAAUGAAACACGUUCAAUCGAAUGUACUACCUCCGUUAAUUAUUAUUUACAAUAAAGGGGUAUAUU